AUGGCGAACGGGAUCUCAGUGGCGUCAGCGCCUUCAACAGCCUCCUCUUCUGCCCCAGGAGGAGGGCUCCAGUCCACAGUACCUCGUCUCCUCCAGGGCUCCAGUCCACAGUACCUCGUCUCCUCCAGGACUCCAGUCCACAGUACCUCAUCUCCUCCAGGACUCCAGUCCACAGUACCUCGUCUCCUCCAGGACUCCAGUCCACAGUACCUCGUCUCCUCCAGGACUCCAGUCCACAGUACUCGUCUCCUCCAGGACUCCAGUCCACAGUACCUCGUCUCCUCCAGGACUCCAGUCCACAGUACCUCGUCUUCUCCAGGGCUCCAGUCCACAGUACCUCGUCUCCUCCAGGACUCCAGUCCACAGUACCUCGUCUCCUCCAGGGCUCCAGUCCACAGUACCUCGUCUUCUCCAGAACUCCAGUCCACAGUACCUCGUCUCCUCCAGGACUCGAGUCCACAGUACCUCGUCUCCUCCAGGACUCCAGUCCACAGUACCUCGUCUUCUCUAGGGCUCCAGUCCACAGUACCUCGUCUCCUCCAGGGCUCCAGUCCAAAGUACCUCGUCUCCUCCAGGACUCCAGUCCACAAUACCUCGUCUCCUCCAGGACUCCAAAAAGACAGUAUGGAGAAGAGCCAGUAUGGACCCCCGCAGGACGUGUCGGCUCCCUACUCCGGCUUCCCAGCGGGCUACCAGGGAAGUGGGGGGGACAGCCCUACCCCUCAGCCUGGCUUCCAGGGAGGUCCCCAACCCGGCAUGUACCCACCACCUCCCCAACCCGGCAUGUACCCACCACCUCCCCCCAACCCGGCCCGGGCAUGGCACAACCUACAAAAUGCCCCCGGCAAACACCGCUGCCCCAACUGCAAGAGAGUGAUCCACAUCCACAAACGAAUAGACCAAGAUGAGACGCAUGCCACAAAGUGA